GUCCCCGGCUGGGUCGGUUGUUCUACCUAGCGCUGCCCCCCAGCGCCUACCCGCACGUGUGCCAGUUCCUCAAGCUGCACUGUGCCGUACUGUACGGAGGGGGAGGAGGGGGAGGGGGAGGGAGCAGGGCGGGGGAGGUGCGACGAGGAGGAGGAGGGGGAGGAGGAGGAGCAGGAGGAGGCGUAGGGGGCGUGGCGCCUCAGCUGCAGGGCAGCUUCGUGCGACUGAUCCUGGAGAAACCCUUUGGUCACGACCUGUCCAGCAGCGAGGUGCUAGCUGCCCACAUCGGGUCGUACUGGCCGGAGGAGCAGCUGUACCGCAUAGACCACUACCUGGGCAAGGAACUGGUGCAGAAUAUGCUGAUGCUGCGGUUCGCCAACCCCAUCUUCGGCGCCUUCUUCAACCGUCACUACAUUGCCUCCAUCCAGGUUACCUUCAAGGAGCCAUUCGGUACGGAGGGCCGCGGCGGUUACUUUGAUCAGUACGGCAUCAUUCGUGACGUCAUCCAGAACCACCUCAUACAGGUUCUGGCGUUGCUGACCAUGGAGGCGCCCGUGUCCCUGCACCCGGAUGACAUCCGCGAUGAGAAGGUCAAGGUGCUUCGUUGCAUCGCCCCCGUGGGGCUGCAGGACUGUGUGGUGGGGCAGUACGUGGGGGCGCAGGGCCAGCCCGGCUACCUGGACGACCCCACGGUGCCCCCCGGCAGCCGCACCCCCACAUUCGCAGCGGUGCGGCUGCUGGUGCGCAACGAGAGGUGGGACGGAGUGCCAAUCGUGAUCAAGGCGGGCAAGGCGCUGAACGAGCGGCUGGCGGCGGUUCGCAUACAGCUGCGCACUCCGCCCGCCUCCAUCUUCGGCUCCCUGGAGCACAUGCGGAACGAGCUGGUCAUUCGGUUCCAGCCCGGCGAGGCCAUCUACGCCAAGAUGGUGGUCAAGAAGCCGGGGCUAGAGAUGGACUACGAGAUGUCGGAGCUGGACCUGUCCUACCCUGAGCGUUACAAGGGGGUGGUCAUCCCGGACGCCUACGAGCGACUUAUCCUGGACUGCAUCCGCGGUGACCAGCAGCACUUUGUCCGGCGCGACGAGCUGAGGGCCGCGUGGGCCAUCUUCACCCCGCUGCUGCAUGCCAUUGACGCGGGGGCGGUGCCCAUGCACCUCUACCCGUACGGCUCGCGCGGCCCCCCCGCCGCCGACCCCUUCAUCGCGGAGAGCGGCUACGUGCGCACCGAGUACACUUGGCAGCAGAGCCACAAGGCGGGGGGGGCGGGGGAGGGGCCGGGACCGGGGGGCGGCGGGCAGCCGGCGGGGAAGCUGUGAGGAGGAGGAGGAGGGGAGGGGAGGUGGGGGGCCAAAGACCAUACCCGAAUGAUAGGAAAACAGGGGGCAGGGCGGUGGUCGGGGGUGCUUGGGAGGAGUGAGGACGAGGGGUAGCGGCUGGCGGCGGCGGCUGCUCCCACUACUGUCCAUUACACGGAACGCAACAUGGGAUGAGAUAGCUAAGCUGGGGAAGCGCCUCCGCUGGAUUGUGGCUGCACGCGUUCCACGUGUAGAUGUAUAUAAUAAGACCACGAUUGGGGUUGUUGGGUGGAGAGUGUUGUGUGUGGGGGGGGUCUUACAUGCAUGGGGGGGUUGCUCAUGCAUUGUGAGCUUUAGGUAGGAGGUUUGGGUGGGUGUUGGGGGGAAGCUGAUGGCGGUUCGAAGGUUGGAGGGGCGCAGUGCACCUCUCGCGGCAUGUUGGAGGAGAAAGCGUCUCUGUUACGGGGUCUCUGUUUGUAAUUUGGUACCAAUGUCUCCAAUCAGGUAAUGAACGACGACACUGCUUACGUAAGCGAUGAUGUCACACAAGGUAUUGCUGCAGAGCGACUCUACAGUGGUGACUCGCAGGUCGUACAGUUGUUGCCUCCUUAGAAGAUGUGCGUACGACAUGUUUCCAUGUCAGAGACGUCACUUGUUUGUUUGUUGUACGACAUCCCCAGUUUCACAAAUUACGGUUGUGUACGACAUGUCAGUUGUGUACGGCAUGUUGUACGACAUGCUGAUCUUCUUUGUUCUUCCCAGCACUUGGCUGUUUCUUGAGGAUGCUGCUGUACGGCUGUCGUUGGGAAACCUAACGUGACGAGCUCGUGGGGUGGUCUUUAUGCUGAUGUUUGUUAUGCUCGUUGGAUUGUCUUUAUGCGGAUGUAUGGAGAGGUGACCGGGAGAGAUAGGCGGACCUUCAUCUCCGCGUGUGCCGCAUGCUCCGGCGGACCACCAUUGUACCGGUAGAUCACGUUCAGGGCAGUCGCGGCUGCAACGGACAGCUUGUUGAGUUGUUACCCCUCUCCCCUG